CCUUUUGGGCCUAUGGUUUGCAAUACAGAUACUGAAAGGUUAUCAGUAUAUGCCUUUACCUACUUUGAACCCUCAGCAGUCAGUUCCUGUCCAAACUGAUCAUUUCCAACUAUUGUCAUACUGGUCCGUUCUCUAUGCAAAUUGCCCUUCACCCCCAGAUACUCUUGUGGCAAGCUUCCAACUCUUCCCCCCAUUUUUUAUUUUUUUGCUUUCUGGGUCACACCUGGCGAUGCACAGGGGUUACUCCUGGCUCUGCACUCAGGAAUUAUUCCUGGCGGUGCUCCUGGGGACCCUAUGGGAUGCUGGGAAUCAAACCCGGGUCAGCAGCGUGCAAGGCAAACGCUCUCCCCCCUGUGCUAUUGCGCCAGCCCCCCAACUCUUCCCUUUCUUGAGUUUAAGGAUGCUCAUGGGGUCACUCCUGGUGGUGCUCCGGGUGCCAAGUCUCCCACAUCACGCAGCCUCUUACAUUUCAUGUGAGGACUGCUGGGUUGUCCAGCCGUUUUAGUUCUGAGGAACUUUCAUUCUGCUUUCCAUAGAGACAGCAUCGAUUUGCAUGUCCACCCUCCACGCCUGAAGUCACUCUCCCGCGUUUUACCUCUCCCUGUCAUAAGAUUCAGCACCGCUGGGCGGGUGCCAGGUGGCCCUGUGCUGUAGGUUUGGGUGCAUUUCCUGGUGAUUAAGGGGACCAGACACGUUUGCAUAGGCCUGUUGGCCAUGUGAUUGUACGUCUUUGGACAAAGGUCCUUUUGAUUCCUCCGCCGAUUUUUAAUUAAUCCCCGGUUGCAAUCACCCCAACACACACAUCCACGGGUGUGGGGCGAAACUGAAACUCAAGGCUGACCCAGGUUCUAUCCCUGGGUCCCUAUGGGGCCCCGUGAGCACCUCUAGGAGUAAUUCUUUUUUUUUUUUUUUUUUUGCUUUUUGGGUCACACCUGGCGAUGCACAGGGGUUACUCCUGGCUCUGCACUCAGGAAUCACUCCUGGCAGUGCUCAGGGGAUCAUAUGGGAUGCUGGGAAUCGAACCCCGGUCGGCCGCGUGCAAGGCAAACACCCUACCAGCUGUGCUAUUGCUCCAGCCCCACUAGGAGUAAUUCUUGAAUGCAGAACCAGGAGUAAUCACUGAGUAUCUCUGGGUGUGGCCGCAAAGCAGCAAAAGAAUCCGUAAAAGCAAAGUGAAGAAGGGGCGUCCAGGCGGAGCCUGAUAGGCCAGGUGGGGACGGGGCCAUAUUAGGGCGGGACCAGAUCGGGGCGGGCGGGGCCAGAUUGGAAGCAUAGCCAGAUGGAGGCGGGACCAGGUAGGGGGCGGAGUCACAAGGGCGGGGCCAGAUCCGGGCUGUGUCCGGAUUGGAGGAGGCGGAGUCAGAUCCGGGGGCGGGGUCGGCGCAGGGGGCGGGGCCGGCGCGAGCUGCGCGGCCCCGGGUCAGGAAUCCGACCCCGUUGCCGGGGUAACGCGACAACACGCCGCGCCGCUGCGGCAGUGUGAGAGUGAGGACUGAGCCGGUCUUGAGCCCGAGGCUGCGUCUGAGAUGGUGAGGGGAGCAGGGGAUGGAGUGUCCUUCCUGAUGGGGCCUGCGUAGAGGUCAGCCGCUGAGCCCGCCCGGCAUCCUCAGCUCUGCCUCCACGGUGUCCGGCAGGGCCAAGGCCAGGACUCGCUACCGCACCAAAGCCCAGAGCUCCGAGGUGGAUGAGUGCCUCUUUGGAGGCGUCAAGCCCGUGGCCCAGAGUGACAGCCCCAUGGUGCUGCUGCGGGACAGGAGGACCGUCCGGAACCCCCUCGCCACGCUGGGCCACAAGCCGGAGACCAUCCGGCUCAUCACCCGCGACCUCGUGCGGGAACUCAUCGUCCCCACCAAGGACCCCUCUGGCAAGUCCCUGAUCAUCAGCCCUGAGGAGUUCGAGCGCAUCAAGGGGGCGUCUACCGUGCAGACCAGGGAGGAGCGGGAAGCCCAGGAGCUGGCGCUGCAGAAGGAGAAGGACCGGAUGCUGGUAGCCACUGGCCACAGAGGGUCUCCUGCCUGGCCCACAGAGGGUCUCCUGCCUGGCCCACAGAGGGUCUCCUGCCCGGCCCACAGAGGGUCUCCUGCCCGGCCCAGAGAGGGGUCACCUGCCCGGCCCACAGGGGGUCACCUGCCCGGCCCAGAGAGGGUCACCUGCCCGGCCCACAGAGGGUCUCCUGCCCGGCCCAGAGAGGGGUCACCUGCCCGGCCCACAGGGGGUCACCUGCCCGGCCCAGAGAGGGGUCACCUGCCCGGCCCGCGGGGGGCUGGCUGGGUCUGGCUGGCUCUGUGGGAGGGAGGCAGGCGCGGGCUGAGCUCUCCCGCCCGGCCCCAGGAUGCAGCGACCACCCGGAAGAAGGUCAUGCAGCAGCGGGAGAUGGUGUGGCGGGGCAGCCAGGCGCGGAGUGCGCUGGAGGAGGAGGCCCAGGAGCGCGCCCGCGGCCUCCUGCAAAGGGCCGGGCAGCAGCGCAUGGAGCAGGAGGAGGAGCUCAGGGAGAUGAACCAGAUCAUCCUCAACGCCAAGUGCCACGCCAUCCGCGACGCCCAGAUCCUGGAGAAGCAGCAGAUCCGGAGGGAGCUGGAGGCCGAGGAGAAGCGGCUGGACCAGAUGAUGGAGGCCGAGCGCCAGAAGUCCCUGCAGCGCGAGGAGCAGCUGCAGCAGCGGCGCCGGGAGGAGAGGCUCCGGAGCCAGCGGCACAUCCUGGAGCAGAUAGAGCAGCGGCAGGAGGAGCGGUCACUGCUGGGGGAGCGGCAGGAGCAGGAGAAGGAGCAGCUGCUGGCCCACAUGGACAGGCUGCUGGCCGAGGACCUCAAGGACCUGGAGCUCAGGCGGCAGCACAAGCUGCAGCUGCAGGCCGAGAUCCGGCGCGUCAACGAGGAGACGCAGCGGCAGAAGGCGCUGCUGCAGGAGCAGGAGAAGCUGGCCGACGAGAUGGUCAUGGAGUUCACGCAGAAGAAGCUGGCUCGGGAAGCAGAGCUGGAGAAGGAGCAGCAGCACGUCCGCAGGGAGAAGGAGAAGGAGAUCGCGCGCCUGCGCGCCCUGCAGGAGAAGGCCCAGGACUACCGGGCGGAGCAGGACGCCCUGCGGGCCAAGCGCAACCAGGAGGUGGCGGAUCGCGAGUGGCGGCGCAGGGAGAAGGAGAAGGCGCAGCGGAAGCUGGAGACGGAGGAGCAGCUGCGCCAGACCCGGCUGGACCAGAUGGCGUCCAAGGAGCACGCGCGGGCCGUGCAGGUGCACCAGGACCGGGCCGAGUUCCAGAGCAUCCUCAGGAUGCAGCGGGAGCAGGUGGAGCAGGAGCGGCAGGAGGAGGCGCGGCGGGCCGAGACGCGUCGGCGGCACGCGGAUGAGGUGCGCAGCCAGGUGCGGGAGCAGCAGCAGCGGCAGGUGCAGGCCCGCGUGGAUGCCUUCGAGGAGGGCCGGCGGCUGCAGGAGGAGGCCCAGCGCCGCAGCCAGCACAUUGCCGAGCUCAGGCGGCAGAAGCUGCAGGAGCUGAGGGCCACGGGCCUGCCGGAGAAGUACUGCGUGGAGGCCGAACGCAAGGCCAAGAUCCUGGCGGCCCCGUCCUGAGUGCGGCCCCCCGGGCCCCAUUAAACCCCUCGAGCCCCC